AUGGCUGCUCAAACUGCGACUGUGCCGGUCGUCGACGGUGCCGGCAAGACCUUUGAGUCCAAAUGGUCCUCAAGGUAUCGCGGGGCUACCGUCCAAGACCUCGAACCACCUGCCGCCUUGUCGCUUAAUCCCUCUGACGCAAUCUCACUCGCUCUUCUCUCCGCCUUUGAGCGCGAGUACACCCACCUGACUAUCGUCGAUUCCGAAACCCGCGCUCUUCUCGGAUAUAUUUCCAUUCCUCAUCUGCAGGCCCAGCUGGAUGGCGGCAAGGUCAAGCCUGAGGACCCUCUAUCAGCUGCCAUGACGCAUUUCCAGAGACGAAACCGACGAUACAGAGUCAUCACCAUGGAGACGCCGCUGGAGCAGCUGGAGGCGUUUUUCCGUGGCGGUCAGACCGAUGGACCGUGGAAGGAAGAGUUUGCUGUUAUCACCGAUGAGAACAGAAGAUUUGUGCUUGGCGUUGCCACCGCACAGGACUUGGAGGAGUUUGUUAAGCGGAGACCAGCUUGA